GCGACGGGUGGUGACGUUUUCCAGCCGCGCCGCGGAAAGGUCACACGGCCUUCUCCAAUAUGGCGGCGGCGAUAAGGGGUGGAUGGUGCCGCUGCUCCCGGAGAUGCCUUGGCAGUGGGACCCAGCUUCUCUCUGGCUGGUGCCCUGUGCCAGUGCCCCACGGCCCUGUCUAUCGAAUAUGCAGUCCAGGCUUAGAGCUGCCGCUGGCAAAGUGUUAUUCUUCUGGAAGCAGGAAAAGUUUCCUGUCUGGCUUGAUAGAAAACAUCAAACAAGAAUUAGCAAAAAACAAGGAAAUGAAAGAAAGUAUUAAAAAAUUCAGAGAUGAAGCUAAGAAAUUAGAAGAAUCAGAUGCACUUCAGGAAGCAAGAAGGAAAUAUAAAACCAUUGAGUCUGAAACAGUCAAAACAUCUGAAGUGAUUAGGAAAAAAAUUGGAGCAUUCACUGGUACAGUGAAAGAGAGUUUGGACGAAGUAAGUAAAAGCGACCUGGGCCGAAAAAUUCUAGAAGGCAUGGAAGAAGCAGCCAAAACAGCCAAGCAGUCUGCAGAGUCAGUGACCAGAGGUGGGGAGAAGCUGGGCAGAACAGCUGCCUUCAAAGCCAUUUCUCAGGGAGUUGAAAGUGUGAAGAAGGAAUUAGAUCAAAGUGUACUAGGGCAUACAGGCCCUUACCGAAGGCCAGAGCGACUGCGCAAACGGACUGAGUUAUCUGGAGAGAAAAUCAAAGAGGAUAAAGUAUUUGAACCCAAUGAGGAAGCAAUGGGAGUUGUGCUGCACAAGGAUUCAAAAUGGUAUCAACAGUGGAAAGAUUUCAAGGACAACAAUGUCGUCUUUAAUAGAUUCUUUGAGAUGAAGAUGAAAUAUGAUGAAAGUGACAAUGCCUUCAUCCGGCUAUCUCGAGCAGUGACAGACAAGAUCACUGAUAUAAUAGGUGGCCUCUUCUCAAAGACAGAGAUGUCUGAAGUUCUGACCGAAAUCCUCAAAGUUGAUCCAGCUUUUGACAAAGAUAAAUUUCUACAGCAGUGUGAGCGUGACAUCAUCCCCAAUGUACUGGAGGCCAUGAUAACUGGAGAGCUCGAUAUCCUCAAAGACUGGUGCUAUGAAGCAACCUACAAUCAGGUGGCUCCUCCCAUCCACCAGGCGAAAUCCAUGGGCCUGCAGUUCCAUUCCAAGGUUCUGGAUAUCAGCAAUGUUGAUCUGGCGAUGGGGAAGAUGAUGGAGCAGGGACCCGUCCUAAUCAUCACGUUCCAGGCACAGCUGGUGAUGGUGAUCAGGAACCCCAAAGGGGAAGUGGUAGAAGGAGACCCGGAUAAAGUGUUGCGAAUGCUGUACGUGUGGGCCCUUUGUAGAGACCAGACUGAGCUCAACCCCUAUGCAGCCUGGAGACUAUUGGACAUUUCUGCCUCCAGCACAGAGCAGAUUCUCUGAAGACCACUGUCGGGGACCUGCGGGACUGUGCUCUGUGGCUCCCCCAGCAAGGGCCCCACUACUGUCAGAAGCUUCAGGAUGCAAGACCACUUGGCUCCUGCAGGGUACUUUGUGACCCCCCCCCCCUUCCCCACUCCAUACACACACCUCUUUCUAGGAUCCAGUGUGAAAUGAAGAGUGGGGGGAAGACUGGGUACUGGAUGAGAUAAGGACAUGAGCAAUUUCCCCUCGGGGAUGCAGUUGGCAAGGGAGGGGUGGUGUUGGGGCCAUGGUGACUAUGAGCAAGGGAACUCAUGGGGUCCCAGCUUUAUAAGGUUAAGACUGUCACAAGAUCGCUCCCCCUCCUCUCCCUGAAAAGCUUAAGGCCUGAUACACUGUUCUCUCCCUCUUUCCUGCAUUGGGCCCAAUAGGUGGAUCCAGGGAGCAUCUCUGCCUUGGCCUGCUGCCUAGAGGCCUUUCCUUCUCCCCUAGCCUCCUCUCCCCUUCCCAGCCACAAGCUGGUUGGUUAGUGCUGAGAGAAGCCAGAUUUGGGUGCCAAAAGUCGAGCCGAGGCCCAGCGGCUGAGCCUCCGAAAGCUAAAGUGAACUGAGGGCCCUGAACACACAGCUUGCUGCAGCAGGUGCGGGGGGAGGGGGCAAGGUAAAGCACAAGACCCUGUGAGGAGGCUAUGGGGAGCAGCUGCUACCCACCUCCGUCCUGUGUAGGGGGUGGGGGUCCCCGCUAGCUGCACACAUACAACUUGCCCAGACCCGAGGCCUGUCCUGUCUGAGGGGCCUUGAGGGACAGAGCCCAGUGCUGGCUCUUCCCCCUCUGGCCUCAGUUAUCCCUCCUCUUCUCUGGUGAAGGUGGGAGGGGUGCCCUCCCCCCACCCCCCAGGUGCCUCCAUCUCCGGCAUCAGCUCAGCCAGGUCACUCGAGAGCCUUUUUAAAAGUAACUAAACCUGAAUGUCUCGUUUCUGUACAUAACUGCCUGAAGAUUGGAACAGAAUAAAACACCAAAAUGAGUAUCA